AUGGUCUCGUCGCCGCGGAGCGCGCCCCGGAAGCGGCAGCCGCUGCAGCGGAGCCGGCAGCCGUCAGCGCCGCCGCCGUCGAUAUGGCGCCGGAUGCUGUCGUGGGUAGCGCGCUCCGAGGACGAUGGGCGGCCACCGCAGGAGGAGCGCGAGUACGAGGAGCAGCCAGAGCCGGGCGAGGUCAAGCGCAAGGUCAAGCCAGACGUCACGAUGGAGGACCUGGCGAAUGGGGCGCCCCCAUCAAAGCGGGCAAGGAGGCUGUCGCCCGUGCCAGAGAAGGCGGCGGUCAACGGGUGGAACGACGUGCCGGCCAGCAUGCUUCGCGCGCCCCCCAGAGCGACGCAGAGCAUGGGCGGACUCGAGCGCACCAUGAGCGUGGACCCCAAGCUGGUCCCGCUCCCGGUCUCCAGAGACGCGUCCAUGGACCUCAGCCCUCGUCCCCUCCGCAUCCGCUCGACACUCACGCCCACCCGCUCUGCACUCGAGUUUGGGCCCCGCCCCCACCGAGACCGGUCCGAGCCGCCGAACAUCGCCUCGCUCAGGCAGAAUCCGGUGUUCGUGCGGCCCCCGCCACAGCAGAAUAAUAACGACACCCGCCGCGUCAGCGACUCGGGCACGCCAAACACCACUCUCGGCGCUCUUGCUUCCCAGCGUGCUGCAUCCAUCCCGCGCGCACACUCGUCGCUCAACUUGGGCAAUGCGCCUGCACCGCCUCUCACCAAGGCCCAGCUGGCACUCCAGACGCUCGAUCUGUACAAGACGCCGAUCGUCCCCGCUCGUCUUCGCAAUGCCAACGGCAGUGCCGCCUCACCCGUCCCGCUCAUCGAACCGAUGUUCCAGAGCAGAUCCAAGACCCGCGGACUCGUCCUCACACCCGACGACCGUCCACGUAAACCCCGGCUCGGCACAGCCCACCGCGUUCUCGCAGAUCAGAUCUCUCCGCAAAUCAGUCAGGAUGACAGGAAGGAGAAGGGCAAACGCGAUGCGAAAGCGAAACCCUAUGCUGGCUCGGGAUCCGUCCGUAAAUUAUUAUCGAAGCGCAAGGCGGAGGAGAAGGAGAUGAGGAAGGCCGAGGAGGAAGAGAAGAAGACGCAGGAGGAGGAACAUUUCGCUGUGCCGCAUAAACGCGAGAGCAGAAUCCCUGCCCCGCCACGCGUCACUGCACCCGGCCUGGGUCGCAAAGUCUCAGCGCCCACAGGACCGCACACCCGGGCGUCGAGCGUUGGUCUCGCACGCCGACCCGCACCUACCGCAGGUCGCACAGUCGGCCCUACACGCCGUCGCCGUGGACAUUUCAGCGCGGCAGAGGAAGAUGACGACGACGCGUCGCUCGCCGCGAGUCCCACCGCAGGUCUUACUGAAAUCCGCGAGGAAAAGGAGAAGGAGAAAGAAACUCCCACGCCUGGGUACGAGCCGCCAAAGGGAUUCAGCUUUGCUCCGCCGCCCGAAGUGCAGUCGAUCACCCCCGCACCCGCCGAAUCGGCCAAAGAUGCCCCUGUGAGCUCUUUGCCGUUUUCGCUUACUCCGGCGCCAAAGUUGGCAGAGCCGCCAGCUGGCUUUUCGCUCGACGCGCCAGCACCCAAGCCUGCUGAGGAGGCGCCGAAGCUCGGUGCUGGCUUUUCGUUCGGCGCGUCUGCUGCUGCCGCAUCUGCUCCUGCGCCCGAGGCACCGAAGCCGGCUGCCGCCUUCUCGUUCGGUGCACCAGCUGCUCCAACUCCAGCACCUGCACCUGCGGCAGAAGCGGCGAAGCCAUCCUUCAGCGGCUUCUCGUUCGGUCAGCCGCCGGCAGCUGCGCCCGCGGAGGCGAAGAAGGACGAAGCGCCCAAGCCGCCCGCACCCAUCGCCUUCUCCUUCGACCAACCCGCCGCCGAAAAGAAAGAGGAGGCGCCCAAACCGGCAACUCCCGCGCCGGCGCCUGCGGCGUUCUCCUUUGGGCAACCCGCUGCCCCGGCUGAGAAGAAGGACGAGGCGCCCAAGUCUGUUACGCCCGCGCCUUUCUCGUUCGGUCAGCCGGCGGCGCAGGAGAAGAAGGAUGAGGCGCCCAAGCCUUCGGCUGCUCCUGCGCCGUUUAGCUUUGGUGCUGCUCCAGCUACGCCCGACACAGCUACGGAGAAGAAGAGCGGGUUCAGCUUUGGCGCUCCUGCUGCGACUCCUGCUGCUACUGCCCCCACCACCGGCUUUUCCUUCGGUGCACCCGCUACUCCUGUAGCUGAGAACAAGCCGGCAGGCUUCACGUUCGGAGCCCCAGCCGCGACUCAGCCCGCCCGCCCCGUUACACCGCCCAACAGCAAAGACGAUGGCAUGCGCAUGGAGGAGAGCCCCGUACGCGAUCCCGUGCCCAAACUGAGCGUCCAGACGCCCGGCGGAUCAGGGUUUUCGUUCGGUACACCCGCCGCGGGCGCGAGCUCGCCGUUCCCUCAGCCCGCCGCGAAUGGAGGCGCGUUCAACUUCGGCACGCCUACGAAGGCCGCCGAGAGCGCGCCUGCGGGCAACGGGUUCAGCUUUGGCGCAUCGAAGCCUGCGGAGACCGCCAGUGCGGGAUUCAGCUUCGGUGCGCCGAAGCCCGCGGAGAACUCGGGUGGGUUCAGCUUCGGCGCGACGAAGGCGGCGGAGCCUGCGACGAAUGGCGGUGCUACCGGAUUCUCGUUCGGCGCGUCGAAGGCGCCUGCGUCUGCGCCUGCCGCGCCCGCGCCGUUCUCGUUCGGGGCUGCUAAGCCUACGGACGGCAGUACGAGCGCGGGUGGCUUUGGCAGCGGGAACGGUACUGGUGGUGCAUUCUCGUUUGGCGCGGCGAAGCCCGCUGAGAACACCAGCACUGGCUUCUCGUUCGGCGCGAACAAUGCCGCCACGAAUACCGCGCCUGGUGGCUUCGGCUCGGGCUCGGGUGGGUUCGGCGCGGGCAACAAUGCUAGCGCUGGAGGCUUUGGCUCGAACGGCGGCACGGCCUUUGGCUUUGGCGGGGGACCGAAGAGUGCGACUGAUGCGCCCGCGAGCAAUCCGUUCAAUUUCGGCGCUGCGGCGGGCACGGAUAGUCGGCCGUCUUCGUCUGGUGGGUUCGCGUUUGGCGCGCCCGCGCAGCAGGCCACGCCUAGCUCUUCGCCGUUCGCGUUCGGCUCGCAACCACUGCCGUCGGCAGGUGGGUUUGGCGCGCCGGGAACGGCGCCUUCCAGCCCUGCGGUUGGCUUCGGCGGCGGCUUCGGCAGCCAGCCGCAGACGCAGGGUGGAGGGUUCACGUUCGGCGCCAGUCAACCGAGCAGUCCGGCCGUCACGACGGGCGCGUUCUCGUUCGGCGGUGGCGGUGGCGGUGUGACGCCCAGCACGCCGACCGCGGGCGGAGGCGGCGCGAUGUUCAGUAUGGGCGCCGCGCCGACGGGUCCGAGGCAGGUCAGGCCUAUGCCGAAGAGGAGGGCUGCGACGGGCAAGCGGUAG